AUGCCAUUCAUGAAUAAAGGUGUCUCGACGCUGGGACAUACGUUCAGGAACUUCGACCAGGCGAUUCUCACGAUCAAGGUGGGCAAGGGAGAGCAUCCCGAGUCUUUCAGCUGUCAUCGAGAGCUACUACGUCGGUGCUCGGGCUACUUCGAUCGCUACUUUCAAGCGCAGGGCACGUCGCCUUACAAAAAUGGAGAUUCUAGCCUGGAGCUUGAAGACACACACCCGGAUGUCUUUGAUGCAUUCAUGAUAUGGCUGUAUACCGGCGAGAUACCGCACCAUCUCAUUGAAGGGAGGAAGGAGGAGCCGGUUGUUGUUAAUGGUAACCACGUGAAUGGUAACCAUGUGAAUGGUAACCAUGACACGGAUGGCGCAUCGACCCCUGAUCAAAAGGGCGAUGAUGAUGUCGAUACGGUUUCCUGGGGCAUCACGCUCGACAACGACGAUACGGUCGUUUCAGACCAGCAGAACGGCGAUGCAUCCGCAUCCGAAAGUGGCGCCGAAAAGGUGCCCGGCGAGGGCGAAAGCGAAAAAAGCGUCCCGUUGCCUCCAACCCGAUCCACUGUCGAGAAACCAGAGGCCCCGAAAGAAACUCUAUGCCCAUGCUGCUCCCGGUCUUACAAAUGGCGAAGCCUAGAAGGCUUUCUCCAACGGCGCUUCAUCUCGCUCUACAUCUUCGCUAAUCGCUACGAGAUCCCUAGCCUCCGCCGCGCUGUCACAAUCGCGUGGCAAACGAACGAAGAGAUUCUGCAGUCGAUGCCUGAUCACAGCAAUGUUAUCGCAGCGUAUGAAAGUUUACCACCGAAUUCUGCGCUCUGUAGAUACUUCCUAGAUAUGUAUAGUGUGUACUGGAACCCGGAAAAGGACGACGAGCAAAUGAUCGCACUGCGCCCACAGCUGCCACAAGCGUUCUUGUUUGAGCUGGCUACGACACUAGCUAGAGGCGAGCGACCAAAGAUAGAAAAGGAAUGGUGCGAGUUCCAUGAGCAUGAGGACGAAGCAGAGAAGAAAGUCUGCCACGAUGAGUUAAUGAAGGAUCCAGUUUGUGCUAAAGCAUUGAAGAAGAUCCGGGAUAGUAAGAGUUGGAAAGGGCUUGUCCUAAAGAAAGGAAAGCGAUAA